AUGGCGGCCGACAAGACCUACAGCCUCACCGUUGCUGCCUACGACGGGGAAAGCCUCCCUCAGCUCACAGGCCCAUGUCCUCAUAAGAUGUUAACCUGCCCGUCACGGGUCCCCAGGGUGGUGUCUUCUGAAGGGCCAAUGUUCACCGCCGCACGGUACGAGGCAGCCGUGCCAGAGAACGCCGCCAAUGGCACGCCUGUUGUAAGGGUGGAGGCCGCUAGCCCUUCCGGGGAGCCCAUCAUGUACACCAUUGUGGCUGGCAACACCGCGGAGCUGUUCGGCCUCGACUAUUCCACAGGCGUCGUCCAGACCACUGCCCUGCUGGACUACGAGGCCUCCGCCAGCCACAACCUGACGGUGCGGGCGCGGGACCCCUUCACCGGGGGCCACACGGACACCCACGUCACAGUCGCAGUCACGGACGUCAAUGACAACCUGCCGGAGUUCAGCCGUUCCGUCUUCAAGGGAGACGUGUCGGAGGCUGCAUCACCGGGCCACGUGGUGCUGCAGGUCUCGGCAAGUGACGUGGACACGGGGCCGGGCGGUUCAGUGCGCUACUCGUGUGUCAUGGAGUGUGGCAGCUUUGAGGUGCGUGCCCUGGACGGUGCCGUCACACUCACCAAGGAGCUGGAUGCAGAGACUGAGGCUCAACACGUGCUGACUGUGCUGGCCACGGACUCAGGCAUACCCCAGCUCUCCUCCACCGCCACAGUGGUUAUUGACGUUGUGGACUUCAACGACAACCCUCCAGCGUGGCGCCAGGACAGCUACUCCUGCCGCGUGUCGGCCGAGGCCCAGCCCGGCCAUGUGGUCACCUCGGUGUCUGCCACUGACCCAGACGCUGGUCAGGUCACGCCGCUCAGUUAUGCCAUUCACUCGGGAGACCGAGACGCCAUCUUCAAAAUGGAUCAGCUGACUGGUAAGGUUCAUGUACGCGUACAGAUGACUAGACUUAAACCUUCAACAAUGGCCAUCGUUUAUUUAAUCAAACCCGGCUCGGUCCGCACAGACGGCCAUCAUUCAUUUAAUCAGACUCUUUCGCGCCACUAA